AAUGGCAGUGAAACAGUUCUAGAGGAAGUGAGCGAUGCACCAGUUACCCUCGGCUACUGUCCUGACUACUCUGCAGAUAUGAACGUUGGCGUGGCGAUGGAGAGACUGCUCGUUAGCUCACAAGAUGUAGCACAUGACAAGGAGAAGCUCAAGGAACUAGGAGUCACGCAUGUCCUCAAUGUGGCUUAUGGAGUGCCUAAUAGUUUCUCUGAAGAUUUCACCUACCUGACCACGGAGAUGUAUGAUGAUAAUGAAGAGUCUUUGCUCAAUCACUAUGGAAAGUGUGAGACCUUCAUCGACGCAGCCAUGGAAACACAGGGAACAGUUUUAGUGCAUUGCAAUGCUGGUAGGUCCAGGUCGGCAUCCAUUGCUCUUGCCUAUGUGUUACACAAGAAGAGGACUCCAUUACAGACUGCUCUUCAGCACUUGCGAGAGACAAGACCAACUGCUCAACCCAAUGAACAUUUCAUGGAACAGUUACGAAAGUUACAAGAAACACUCAAAAUCCAUAGCUGAAUCUAGACUGGCGGCGCGCAAGCGACUGGCAAACUGCCUAUCAGUCACUCGUCUCAGCGGAAGUGUAAUAGAUCGUAUGACACUACUAAACAUGAAUAUCAUUAUAGAUAGUGUGGUUAAAUUUUGCUAUGAGAUUCAGCUACUAUGAAUGCACUGAAUCCCCUGAAGUGUAAGUGCGGUUACAAUUACAGGGCUAAUAUGACGUUGAGCAAUCUGAUAGGCUGCAAUACUCGUUGCAGCUGAGACGAGUGACUGAUAGGCAGUUUGCCAGUCCCUCGCGCUACGCACGCGACAGCUGUCGCCGCCAGUCUAAGCUGAAUCAUUGUUAGCCUCGGUCCCAGGCCGAUUUUUCUUUAAUAGAACGAAGUUGAAAAAUGCGACCUAGCGUUCAAUUGGAGACGGAUCGGCCUGGGGUCGAGGCUAAAUCAUUGUCUACACUUACUUAUAGCUUAAUUUGUUAACGAUCUUUACUAUUAAUUAUUUUGUGUCUUUUACACUUACUUAAUCCUUUAACGAUCUUUACAAACAUUGUCCUUGACAUGCGGGGAAAGGUCGUCGAAGAACUAAGGCUAACUCUAUUGUACAAUGUAUGUCUGUAAGGUUAAUGAUCUUUACC